UUUAUUGGAUGUUAUUAGUCUGUGUUAUAUAUAAAGCGUACAUACAGUAAUGGCGGAGCAAAUCUCCGGCGGCGGCAACUUUCUGUCGCAACAUUUCCGGUCAACUGUCGUUGAAUCUAUGAAGCUCUCACUCUUCCUACUCUUCAUUGUCUUAGAAUCCAUCAUCAUCAUCCUUAAACACCACAUUAAUAACGUUCCUCUCUAUUACCACCUCGUAAUAAUUACCUCUUUCAUCGUACUCCUGCUCUACCUCUUCAAAUCGCCGGCGGUCUACGUCCUCGACUACGCCUGUUACACGCCGAAGUUUUGCAGAGUUCCAUUCUCUACUUUCGUGGAGCACCUCCAGCUGAUGGGAAGCUUCGACGGGAAAUCCGUCGCUUUCAUGGAAAAGAUCUUGAGGAACUCCGGGUUAAGCGAGGAGACCUACUUGCCGCCGGGGGUGUUCUAUUUGCCGCCGAGAAUGGAUCACCGGGAAGCCAUAAGUGAAGUCCACAUGGUCCUCUUCCCCAUCUUUGAGGAUCUCUUGUCAAGAAACGAGCUUUGUCCGAAGGACAUCGAUAUACUGGUGGUGAACUGUAGCGGGUUUUGCCCCGACCCGUGUCUGUCGUCGAUCGUAGUGAACCAUUUCUGCAUGAGAGAGGACGUGAAGAGCUUUAACCUCACCGGAAUGGGGUGCAGUGGGAAUACAGUGGCCGUGGAUAUGGUCCGGAACAUGAUGGUCGCCCACCCUCACCGAAGAUGUAACGCUGUCGUUCUCAGCACUGAGAUCUUGACCACAGGUUGGUAUCGUGGAAAAGAGAGACCGUUCAUGGUGCUCAACUGUAUUUUCCGCAUGGGCGCUGCGGCCGUGCUGCUGAGCAACAAACCGGAAGCGAAAAAUACGGCUAAAUACAAACUGAUUUGGACUCUACGAACACAGGGCGCGUUCGACGACCGACGUUACAAUGCCGCCUUCCGAGACGAGGACGCCGAGGGGGUCACCGGAAUGAGGCUCAACGGCGACGUCCUUCACGUCGCCGGCGAAACUCUGCAGUCUCACAUUCCCAUUCUCGGCGCCAGAUUCCUCCCUUUUACCGAGAUCAUCCUCUUUCUCGUUUCCGCACUGAAGAAGAAGUUCCUGGACAAGUCGAUGGAGAUCUAUGUCCCGAACUUCAAGUCCGCCAUACAGCAUUUCUGUUUUCCGGCGACCGGGAAGUCUGUCGUCCGGGAGACGGCGAAGAGGUUGAAGCUGGGAGAGGAGGAUAUGGAGCCAGCUUUGAUGACAGUGUAUAGGUAUGGGAACCAAUCUUCUGCGUCAUUGUGGUAUGAGUUGGCAUACUUGGAAGCUAAGAACAGAGUAAAGAAAGGUGACAAAGUUUGGUUGUUGGGUAUGGGGACUGGGCCCAAAUGCAAUAGCCUGGUUCUUCAAUGCAUCAAGCCUAUUUUAAGUGGGACUUCCAAGAAUCCAUGGGAUGAUUUCAUUCAUAAAUACCCUGUUAGAGUCCCUUGAUCAAUGUAUAUAUAUGUGUGUGUUUUGUUACUUAAUAAAUAUGGAGUAAUUGAUUAAAAGAAAUCAAUCCAAAUAUGAC